CAUGGGUGUUGUGGUUUCCUCAACCGACUCGAGCGCGAAAGUCUAAACUGCGAUGUUUUGACCAUCGAAACAGCUUUUUAUUAAUCCUCGAUUGUUUAUUUCAACGUGCACGUAUAAGCGGCAGUGGAAAUGUGUUUUGUGAGCAGCGUCUGGCAACAGAUCAUCGAAUGAAUUUCUUGAUCUGAACUCGGGAUAGCGUGAAUCAAGAUGGCGGCUACAGCUAAGGUCUGUUUACAGUUUUGUAAGUUUCUCUGCUUUUACUUUUAACAGUUUAUCCUGUGCAUUGCAAAGCUCCGAUUUCAAAGGGAAUCAAAUUUUCGUGGCUGGAGACAAAUGAUCUUACGAAUCGAUCGAUCCGUAUUUGCAUAAAAUUUGUUCAGUGACACGUAUCGUAAAGGUACUCUGUGUUCAGGAUUUUGUGUCACCGAUCUUUCGCUCGCGAUCGGUUACUUCUGGAUCAAAUACCUCUGAGCUAGUGAUCCAUACAGUCAGUGUUUUGGAUAAUAAUAAAUUGAUUAGUUAUUCACAAGGCCACCAGUUCAGCUGCUGCCUGGUAACUCAUAUUGUAGGCUGAUUUGAAUAUUGUUUCCUUCUUUUAGGCUGCUAGAAGAAAUACUACAGUGCACAUUGAUUUUUAUCUUCCAAAUGAUCCCUUCCAAGAUCCAUGCAUUGGAAGGUUGGUAGUCACUUAACCUUGAUAAUGCUAUUUCUUUGAGAUAUUAAUUAUUUGAUUUAAUUUAAGUAUUAAACGUCUGGGGAUGAAAAUCAGUGAUAGGAAAUCAUUUCAAAAACUGAUAGUUGACGGAUAAGUUACUACUACUUUGUGCUUCUUAUUUGAUGAGCAGGGAAGUCCAUUUUUUAUCUCCACCCGUACUAGAUGGAUUCUGAAACCCACAGGAAACUCAUGGGAGCUAAGGCCACUAAAAGCAGUAUGCGGAUGUUUGUCACAUUAACCUACAAUCGGCGACUAAUCAGUUGACACAUUUCGCCUUAAAGGGGCAUUCUGACAUUUUAAGACGGAUUUAGACAGUACAAUUUUUGCUUACGAUGAGAAUGCAUCAUGACUUCACAACAGAUCGAGUCGUGUAAAUUAGACCCACGACAUUCAUUGUGGAUGUUGUAGGUGAAAAUUGUGGGUGUGUGGAUGGUUGAAAGUCUUGAAGUAUGCUAGUCGUGUACAGUGUUAUACUUGUAAGAAAAAAUCAAACUGUCUAAAUCGGCCUUUACUGACUUCUAAACGGGAAAAUACAUGUAAAGCUUUUCCUCCCCCAUCUCCUCCAUGCAAUGUUGUGCCACUGUUCGAGCUACCUAUAGAAAACAACAAGCACCCCAACUUUGAAUAGAGGGUAGGGAAGGGGGGUGUGGAUUCUUUUGUUCCUUGAAGUCAUCCUAUUUGAGUACAAUGUCUCAACAAUUUUGUCGCUGAUUGUAGUUUAACGGCUUUGGCUCCCACUGGUCUCCUGUAGCUUAGUGGGAGAGCAUCUGGACUGUUAACCAGAAGGUCAUAGAUUGACUCCUGUUGGGGGCACUGGGAUUUCUUUUUCCAAGCUGCCUGUGUACAUUUCUGUCAGUGAUUUUGUUACAAAUAGUUAUGGUGAGUCCUGGGACUCAUCUUGUGAAAAUUCAUGAGUCCCAGUUCACAACCAUUGAGUCCCAAUUCAAAAACAAGAGUCCUGGGUCUUUAUGUAACCACACAGUUAAUCUGAAGGCAGACCCCAAAACUCUGUAUUGUACAGUUUACGGAAAUAAAAAUAUACUCCUUCUAUUGUCAAGCACAAUAAAGAAAAAAAGGAAUUUGUGUCGUUAAACAACAGCCAUAAGAACAGCCACAGAAAUCACACAAACAGGACAUUCUUCAAAAACAUGUUAAGAUCCAUCAAUCUAUUUUUGCGUCUUACGGGACACAUGUACCACAAAUUAUUUUGUGUCUUUAGGGAUUUUUAUGCGUCAGGGAUGCAGGACGCAGAGGUAACAAAAUCACCGCUCUAUCAAAUCAUUUAAUUUUUUCAACUGCUCAAAAGUCUGUGCAAAAGAAAACACAGAUCAGGAUUCAUCUCACGCAACUUGCUCACAACCAGAAGAGCAGAAGUACUUUGAUUUCAGUAACCUCUCAUGCAGUCUUACCUAGGGCUUUUUCCAAUGCUCCUUCAUAGUGUAUUAAGAAAAUGAAAUAAUUCUUGACUGAUUUAUGUUUCUUGCUGCAUUUAUCACAGGCGCACUGGUGUUCCCUUAAACAUUGAUGCCCGAAAAGACUCCUUUGGAUUUGAUAACAUAGACGAUUACUUCCCUGAUUCAGGUAUAUGUUGUUUUUACCAAAAUACAAGUGCUGUUACAACUGUCACUCAUUAGACCUUGUUUGACGUAAAAAAUGUUCGUGUCCAGCGGAAUCCUCCCUUCAGUCACACAUGAUGACCAUACGGGCAGGGUUUUCAGUAAGAGCCGGUGGCUGGCAAAAUUCACUGGCUAUUUCAAGUGAACUCGCCACCUAUGUACUUUUACCCAAGUUGCAAUAAAGUAUUCAUGUGCUGUCAAAAAAAUUCAAUGAUGUCUGUGUUUUGUUCAAACACUCUAAUCUUUGCUCCAGAAUGCUGGAAAUACAUUCUUAGAAGCCCAGCUUUCAAAUUUUUUCCAGAAGGUUGCGCCUUCAGUGCUUGCAAAUCGCGUCUUUGCCGCACUUUUUUUCCUUCUUCACCUAUUGCAAAGCUUUUGCCACCUACUUAAUCCUACUGAAAACGCUGUACAGGUCACCAAGGACUGCAAUUUUGAAGCUUAAGAUUUAUUGAAUAUUGCAUUUUAUUGAAAGAAAUUGAAAGUUAAUCAGUGUAAUGUAUGUCCCCCAAAUAACUUAAUUUGUCGUGUUUCUAUAAUAGUAAUGGUUGGAUGAUGAUUUUUUUAAAACAUAUUUAUACUCCUGGAGAAAGUUUCCCCUCUAGAUUAUUUUCAUACUCUACUUGUAACUAAUACUAUUUAGUUUAAAGAUGAAAAAUUUCAAAUGUUGGUCAUGACCCUGAGACUAUUGCAUAAUCUGGUCCAGAAAUGUGUGAAAAAGCAAUGCUAUAAUUAUUUUUGAUAGGUGGCAGACAUUGUCUUAUUUUGAAUUCUUACAUUUCAGAUUUAUAUUGUAGGUCAGGACUACCGUACUUAAUUUAUCAUGUGAUCUUAGGUGAGACCUACCAAAUGUUAUGGCAAAUGAUUAGUGAUUGGUCUCAACCUAAUUUAAUUGAUGAUAAACUUAAAAGAAUAGCUGCAUACGUUAUUAUCUGUUGUUUCUUCUUUAACUCUUUGCUUUUUCACCUGUAUAGAUCCAGAGGAGGAAAAUAUUGUUCCCAAUGCACAAAGUUCAGAUAAAGAUUUUGUUGGAAGGUAUGUAGAUCCAAACUAGUUAUUUUGUCAAAUAAGAUAAUGCUUAUUAAAAUAUACACUUUUUAACUUUCAGUUACUUUCCUGUCAGUAAUUAAUAUAAAACAGUUGCAUAUUCAAUAUCAACAACUGCUGAUAAUUUGUACUAUACUUAUCUUCAACAGGAGAACUGGAAAAAUACUCAGUAUAAACCCAAGAAAAGAUUCCAAGGGAUUUGACAAUGUUGAUGAUUACUUUCCUGAAUCAGGUUGGAACAACAGCAGUUUCAAUUUACAAAACUAAUGUUUUUAUGAUAGAUUUUCAUUCUCAGCCUCAUUUCCACACAGGGCUUUUGGCGUUGUUUUUAAAAUACCCUGUAAAAUGCCUCCGUUAGGGUUGCAAAAGUGGCAACAUCGUUUUUCUUGUUCUUUUAGGUCCCCUGAACACAACUAGCCUAGUUGCUUGCUUUCUUUACGAAAUUCCCUCGGGAGUACAUAUGCUCCCGGACUACUUUGGAAUUCUAUCAAAUAAAAGUGGUUAAAAAAAGACUCAUGUUGUGGAGAAGAGAGUGUUUUGAAUUUCCAGUGUGAUAUAUAUCGUUUGUGAAACACACUGCCUAAAAGUCAACAUUUACAUUUUGAGCUUAAGGUACAAUUUAUUAUGAUAAAAAGAUUAGACAUUCACAAUCUUCUGUGAACCUCAAGGUGGUGAUAAAUCAACGGAAUUGUCUCCGGCAGAAGGUCAGCCUGGCAACACAGAAACAGACGACAGACCAGCUGAAGUUGGCUUGUCAGAAAAGACAAAUUCUGAAGGUACCUUUGACACUACUGAAGAGCAGGAAACAGCAGCUACUCCUACCGUAACUGGUGAAUCUCCAAACGAGACUGGAACUGUUAUUAAAAAUGCUGCAUCCUCUGAACCAACUCCAGAGGUUAGAGGACCAGUCAGCAAGAGGUAGGAACAGUCAUUAAUUUUAGGAUGUGAACAAUGUAAAUUUAGAUAGGAAGGCUGUCACUUAUAAUACAUGUAGAUUAGUCUCCUACCCAAUCGUUCUAAGGGGUUUGUCAGGGGUUCUUGGGAAGGAUUGUGUGACGAUCCAAAAGAACUCAGGGUGUGGGUUACUAAAAGAUGAGUGCUAUGAAUUCUCCCUCGCAAUUAUGAGCAUGAACCAGGGCUUCAGUAAAGUCCUGUCUGGUCACUCCAGAUGAAUGUAGUUUUUGUUGCUAGGCAAGCAAAUGACUUUGUAAAACAGAGUGGUCAUGAGAAUUAUGGACAUGAUCACACAAGAAGAAUUUGCUUGAUAUUUUAUCAACUUCUCCCCACUUUUUCUGUAGGAAAUGAAUUGGGGCAACAAAUGAGAAUUCAAAUUUUGAUCUUAAGGUGUAAAGGGUUAAAGCUCACUUCCAGGUAAGUGUCCAGGAAAGUCAUCCUCCAACUGAAACAUAAGCUAAUACAAGCAAGUUGUUGCCCUGGGCAAGCAAAACAUGACUCAGAGCUGCUUUCCCAAAGGACAGCCUGGAAUUCAAGUUUUUGUUUAGCGCUGAUGGUCGACCCCCAUGUGCUUUCAUGUUAAACUCAUCACAUAAAGAUGAGCUUGGGAGGGGGUGCCACAGGCCAUUAAUGAAAGUAAAACCAAUAAAAAAAUUGACAAAUUUAAACACAACAUAUGUAUCACAUCUUUGUCUGUAGAUUGUCAUUUUCACAUGGAGAAUUGCUAAGUGAAUCAGAGCCCAACGAGCCAAAGUCUGCCAGGUUUGUUUUCAUGUUGAGUGAACUAUUUCAUUAUAAUACUGUCAAUUUCAGUGUUCACACUUGGUGCCUGGUCACGGUGCCUGAGUGCGAUACUCGCUGGGCACCAAUGUGAACACACCAUUUUUUCAAGUACCCAUCCUAGAAUUCAGGCAGGGUGCCCAUGCCCGAGUACAAGGUUAAGACCUUGUACUCAGGUACAAAAGUGGGCACCAGGUUCCUGUGUGCAAACGAUGUUUGUAAGUUCCGCGUAGUCCACGGCUUUUUUCUCUGUGCUAAGCUCAUGUUUCAAAAUGGUGUCUGACAGGGUGAAAUGGAGUAACUAUGUACACAGUCACAUAUCAGGUACUCAAAGUGUGAACACAUGACCAUUUUGUGCCAGAACCCAGGCCCUGGUUCCCAAGCAGUAAGUGUGGACAGCCUCUUAUUUCCUUGAAUAAGCACCCAAGCACCAAGAAGGGGCACUUAUUCAAAGGAGAGCACUUAACUGCUUCGUUGAGGGGACACUUAUUAAGUACUCCUCCUGUUCCAUUGGUAAUCAAGCGUACAAUGACCAUUCUUGUUAGUGCAGUUCUGUUUUAGAGUUUGGAUUUAAAGUUUUGUGAACAUUAUACUAAUGCUUUGACACAAGUUGCUUGUCACACCCCUUUAAUAAUAAGUAGAGGAAAUUACGCCUGAAUAGAAGGCACUCUUUUUCCCUUUGAAUCUCUUUCUGGGCUUGAUGAGACUCUACACUGUACCUGCUGGCGAGGGGAUGAAAGACAUAUUCGAGAACCUUAGCUUCUAAGACGAGGACGACUACGAAAACGGGAUUUCUUCAAAUUACUAAGUAGUGCGCGCGUGAACCAGUGCUAUUUUGGCCGGAAAACGCGAUAGCUGUCGCAAUUCUACUACGAGUUUUAGGGAGAGCUAUGAACCUCCUUCAAUAAGAGUAACCGUGUAACUUUUCUGGUGUAAAAAAAGUGAAAUAAAGCUUUCCGUGAUGUCUAUUUAUUGAGAAUACUCGAGAGAAAAAAUUUAACUCAAAUUUCCUCCUCGCAGUUGCCUUGUCGUCGAAUCUAAUCUGGUGUAUUUUUCAGUUUGUAAGUGUUUUGUUCUCUUUGUCUUCAUAUCAGAAGAGGACUGCAUGAUGUAAACUGCACGGCGGUUAAGAAUGGAAAGACAGGGAACAGUGAUUCUGAAAAUGAUGCUGUUGACGUCGAGAUUGAAUCACCGUCAGCUGUAGUUUCUAAUGACCACCCUCAAACCGCUACCAAACCCAAAGAAAAGACUGAAAAUAGCAGAGCAACAAAAGCCAAACAAAACCAAAAACAACAGGAUACGUCUGAUGAUGAUGAAGAAGUCAUUGAUGUGGAGGGAAUUGAGGAAGAUGAGACUUUUCUCACCAUUGGAAACACAACGCAAUAUUUAAAGAGUACCGUGGUAGAUAAGUCUCCCGUUGCUGCCGAAGCGGAGAGUUUUGUUAUGAGUGAGAGUUUUGUUCUGGAAGGGACGAAACAUAAGACAAUGUCGCCAGAGUUUGGAUCCUGCUCAGACAGUCAACCAGAUGUGAAUGAUGCUCAGGCACCAAAGGUUAAGAAAUCAAGGAUUCCAGUGAGAAAGAAGGGAGUAAGUGUUAAUAUCAAACAGAGAGCUACGAGAGGAAAGCAGAAGAAAGUGCAGGGGCAAGAGAAUGGUCCACACGGCAGAAAGAAUGGUGGUGGUGAAUUAGAUGGAAGGUCGUCAAAUGACAAUGAAAACCAAAGCAAGUCAUCAAGGGAAGAAAACAAGAAGCCAAGGAAAAUGCUGCAAGGGGAAGACAGAAAAAGGCGGAAGAGUCGACAAUUGAGGGUCAUGAGGAUAAUGGAGAAGUGUACAUAGACAAUGUGGAAGUUGACAACGCGGGUGAAGUUGAUGAAGAAACGGAGUCAUUUAGUUCCAGGGCAGGGCAAAGUAGAGUAACGAGAGGACGAAAGAACAAAGUUGAAAGCUCGAAGGUUGCGGAAACUGAGGCUUUGGAGGUUGAUAAUGAAGGUGUUACGAAGAAAGGAAAACGGCGAGCCAAGAGUAUGCCUGGUACCAAGGUACAAACACAGAAGCUGUCAAAAAGUUCGAAGAACGAUGGUAAAUCCAGCGCUGUUUUUUCUGAGGAGGGGCUUCACGACGAAGAAGAGCAGAAACGAGGGAAAGGGAGGAGAAGUGUCCCAAACAUCAGACAACAGCAAAAAGAGCCCGUGAAAGGAAGGAAGGAAAAGACAGAUGAAAAAGAAGAAGUCCGUGAAGAUAAAAGCGGUGACGUGGAUGCCGACAAUCACGAGAAACCUGCGGAGCUGAAAACAGGAAGGCAAAGAAAGAAUGUCGCAAAAGGAAGUGAAUCAGAUGAACAAGUUGAACUGAGUGGACGAAAGACCAGAGCGCAAAGGAGAAAAGAAGCUGAUAACAAACUCCAAGGGAAAGAUGGCGGUGGGGAAGGAGAUGAAGAAGGUGGAGUUGACGAUGUUAUAGAGGACGAGAACGAGGCGUCUAAGAACACAGGAUACGAAAAAGUAAGUCAAGAGAAGACCAGAGCGCAAAGGAAGAAAACGGAGGAUGCCUUAAUCGACAGAAAAGAUGGAAACGGGGGAAAAGAAGGCGUUGGAGGUGGUUCAAGACUGGAAGAUGUAGAGGAAAAAGUAAACAUGCCUUCGGAAGGCAAAAGAGACGGGAAAGCAGGAGCAAGUAAAAGAAAGACUAGGGCUUCGAGGAAAAGGCAAGCAAAUACUGAAAGAAGGGAUGACAACCAAGGAGAAGAAGAAGGCAAUAUUGCGGAGUCCGCUUUAGUUCCCAAGGUUGAAGAUCAGGAAGAUAAUGGAGUCAUGGAACCGGAAGACACAGGACAAGAAGAUGAGCUUUACGCGACAGGUGAUGCAAUGGCUAACAGUAGCAGGGUUAUGGCAUUGGAUACUGUCGAUGAGUUGGACGAAGAUCAGUCCUCCUCUGAUAAGGGUGAAGAGGAAACAAGAAGUGGUAGUACCAUUGUUUCAAACAAUGUCUCAUCCAGCUUAGAAUUCAGGAAAAAGGACAACAGUGGCACAGGAAGAAGACGGCGGAAGCCCUCUGUAUUACCACCAUAUGCGGUAAAACGAAGAGCAAAUAAAGUGAACAGCUCAAAAGCUUCUGUGUCGGCGAGUAGUCCCGAAAGCACUACUGAAUCUGAGCAGGGAACAUACGCCAAAAAACCUAGAUUAGAGGAAGUAUUAACUGAGAAAGAAGCUGCGUUGAAUUCUGGGAAACGUGGCGCAAAAACUUGGGUUGCAGUGAAUUCGAGGAAAAGUGGUGGAGGCGCUCAGUCUGGCGGCAACUCUAAGGGAGGAAACAAAUCAGUGGCACAAAAAAACAGCACCAAGAGUUCCAAGGAUGGUCACGAGAAAUCACUGCAGGAUGCCGAUGAAAACGAAGGCUAUGACGAAGGCGAUGUAGAUUAUUCGGUGAGCGAAGAUGGUGCAGUUGAAGGCAGGACUUUUGAAGAAAUUCCAUCUGAGGAUAUGACCCCAAGACCGCUUUCCGCGCUUGGUAAACCAGCCACUGAAUUGAAGUCGAUUCUUAAGUCUGGUGGUCCUGUGGUGCGAACACAUGCAGGUAUUGAUUAAAAGUAUGAAUGAUUAUUUUGGACAUCUGAUCUUGCUCAGAUUGAGAUGUUUGAAAAAGCGCCUGGCAUAGCUAUUAGUUAAGAGCAGUCGGAGCAUUUUCAUUGUCUACCACACUAUAGGAUUUCAUUCACAGACUCAGUAGUUUGAGCCACCUUGUAAGGCGUAAUAAACAGUACCACAGUAAAGUACUGCUCCAUAGCUUUCAUCUGAAUGGUCACACUUUAGGAUUUCAUCCACAGAAUCAAAAGUUAGAACCACCUGGUACAAUAAAAUAAACGGAACCACAGGAAAGUACUGCUCAGUAGCUAUCAUUUGUGUGGUCUCACCAUGGGAUUUCAUCCACAGACUCAAAAGUUAGAAUCACCUAGUACAAUAUAAUAAACCGUACGGAACCACAGGAAAGUACUGCUCAGUAGCUAUCAUUGGUAUGGUCACACCAUGGAUUUCAUACACAGACUAAAAAAGUUAGAAUCACCUUACAGCGUGAUAAACAAUACUACAGGAACGUACUGCUCAGUAGCUUUAAUUUAAAUGGUCUCACUCUAGGAUUCCAUCCACAGACUCGAAAGUUGUAUCUACAUCAUGUUACCAUUACGUAUUCCAGAAGUGGAAGCUUAGUACGUUCGCUCGCCUACCCCUCCCUUAAGCCAAUAUUUUGCCGUAAGUGAGAAGUAUGUGUUAAUGUUGGCGUAGGGGAGGGGUAGGUAGGUAGUUUCCGAGAAACUUGCAUCGAUCCCUUCUUUCUUUCAACAGCGUCCAGGAAGAGACAAAUGAACACAGACAAAACUCACUCGGAUGGCAAUGACGCUGAUGACGAGAGCGCCUUACCAGCGAAACAACCCAACAGGAACCGCCUUUCAACGGUCAGCUUUGCCUCUGCGCCAUUCGUCGCACCUUCGCCCCAAGACCCUUCCGUGUCUGAAACCUCCAAGCAUUCCCCUCUGCCUGGAUUAUCGUUCGUUUCCAAAAACAGCAGUUUCAAGUCAACAGACAGGACCUUUACUCCUGGGAGCACGAGGACCAUAAGGUCUUCCGUUGGAUCUGCUAGUGGUGCGUCUAGCACUGGUGAUUCAGUCAUCGAUCCUGAUGAAGAGGUUACUUUCACUAAUGACGCUGAGCACCAUAAAGGUGAGUUGUGUUCUUCUGAUUUUCAUUAUUCUAACUUCUAAAGUUCUGUCUUCAAGUGACGUCAAUGCUGUUUGGUAAAUCUACCAAUUGACGAUACGUAAACUACUUUAAAGUCGCUGUUAUGUAGACAACUGCUAACUGAACUGUACUUAUUUUCUCGUAAUGUUUACUUUUAAACCUCACAGUUACAUUUUAUUUUUGUUCAGUUUAUUCCUAGUUAGAGAAGAAAUAGUUAGUUCUUUCCCUAAUCCUGCCCUAUCUUUUUCGUUGACUUCAAUACGAUCAAUUAACGUUUUAUAUUUAGUAUGUAUAGUAUAAAUAAAAGUAUUAUUAUAAUAUGCUAUGUACUGUUUAAAAACGAGCAGAAGUUCAACUCGAGAUUUUAAACCUGAUAAUAACGACUGCGAGUUUUUUUGAACGGCUUCAAAAUUUCUGAUGUAGAUCCACUCAUUCUUGCACUAAUAUGUCGAUUUGGGGUUACUUUUGUCUAAAAAAUUGGACAAAAAUGGAUAUUUUACAUGUGAUGCAAUUUCGAGGAGCAGUCUUCUCGUUUUCAAAAAUGGCGAAAGCUCUUUGCAGAGAAUGAUUUGUCUGGAAAUUUUGCUUGAUUCUUUUGGUUUUUGUUUUAGAUGUGUCAGACGAACAAAGCACGAGAAGAAGUAAACGAACUAUUGUGCCGCCAUUACAGUACUGGAAGAAUGAGAGAAUAGAUUAUGAGCGACGAAAAUCAGGUAGAGUAGAUGGGAAUGAUUUUUGCCUUUCUUUGCUAUCGACUCUUUUCUUUCUUUCCUCUUUUGUCAUCUUUUCGUCUCCUUUUUAUUUCAAUUUUGCCUCCGACAGCAAUGAUAGUUUAGUUCCAACAGUGUCACAAGUCAGUAAGUUUGUCACAAUCACAGUUCUUCCACCACAUUACAGUUGAUUGCGCUCACAUCAAAAGACUCAACUACACGCAUGCUUAGUCUAGUCUCCAACAUGAACUCUAGGACUGGGCAAGACCUUAGGAACAUGUGAUGUAUCUAAGAGAAAUUGAUUGGGAUGUAAUCUGAGUUUCCAUGGAAACUAGAAGACUGGGGCCCUGUUGUUUUAAUUCGAAACGGAUCUUGUAUCUCGGACAGAAACUGUUCUCAACAUUUAUAAUUAGGAGUCUGUCUUCUACGAAAGCCGGAACUUUAUCUUACCUUAUCGAUUCUAGUAAAGGGUAUUUAUGGUCAUUCAUAACAUGGUGUUUUACUUGCUUCUAAUGGGUGGGUGGUAGUGUGUGAUUUUGUCGCACGAGAGGGGACAAAUCAAACCGUUAAGGCCUAAUGUUGUUGCUGUAUUUUCUUCCGUCAGGGGGUUGGUGCAUAAAAAAAGUCAUAAGAAACCCAACUCCUACACCAAAGCCGAGAAGAAAAACAAAACAGACCAAAAAACGUGUCGAAAGAAAGCCAAAGUCAGGUAUCGCUUAUGAACUUGUACUUUUAAAAUGAUUGACGUUGCAGGGGUAACGAUCUUUUUAGUUUAGAAUGAACAGGAAAAUAUUAACUGCGGAAAUACAAAUUUAACUGCAGAUAUUACCAUUGCAGUUUGUAAUCGCGAUUUAAGCGAUUACGAAUUAAGCCCGAAUAAAAAUUCAGGGCUUCAACGGGAUUCGAGACCAUAAUGUCGGCGGUAGAGCUGCAGUGCUCAACCUACUGAGCUAUGAGGACCCACACAUUGGGAGCAGGUCAAUUUUUUGAGUUUACUGUUCGUUUGUUUCACUUUUUUUAGUAAACGUUAUGGAAUCCUCGGAAGAAGAGCUUGAUAAUGUAAGUAUAUGAUGAAGGGUUUUUUCAAGUAAGCUUCUUAAAACGCAAAUCAAAGAAAGAAAGACACUAGUAAAGACAGGGCUGCAAAUGUUUUUUUUUGUGAGCCUUGUUAAGUCAUCAGUUUGGUCGAACUCAGUUAAGGAUCCAUGGCGUAUCCACGAAUAGUCCUUGGUACCUUUGUGUGGACAUCAUGUCCGGCCACAAAACAUUGUCCAGGUUUCAUACAGGUCAUGGAAAACCUGGAAAGUCGUGGAAUUUAAGAAUUUCAUUUUCCAGGCCUGGAAAGUAAUGGAAUUCUAUCGUUGGUCAUGGAAAGUCGUGGAAAAUUAAAGUUUUGUUCGAUAGAUUAGUGACAGCUAAAUCUAAGGUCGUGGAAAACUUGAAAAGGUCAUGGUAAGUCAUGGAAUAUGAAGAUGAACGACAGUUAUUUGCAGCUCUUUAAUGGUAAAAUGUAUAUUAGUCAGGAGCCGAUUGAUAUCAGGAUAUGAAGUGCUGUAUUUUAGUCUUACGUUUUGGCUUCAUUUUUGCGUAAUCUGUUGCUCUUUUUUCACGCCGCUAAAAAGCUUCCCACCGCCUUUCCAUUAUUCGUUCACUUCAAACAGCUGAGUUUCAAAGCUGGAAUUUACAGUUUAAUUUCUUUUUGCUGCAGGAGGGCUUAGAAGGGUUUGAAGAAGUGACCAACCCUAAAGGAAUCGUUCUUAACCCCGAAACCAACGAAGAUGUCGAUAUGGGUGAGUGAAGAACGUCGCAUUUUGGGCACCUCACUAUUUUGCCGUUGUUGAUUGUGCUUUUCUUUCCACAUCUCUGUAAAUUUAAUCAUGAUAGUAUUGAUUCCAACUGAAUCAACUUUGAGUUCGUGUGCAUCCCAGAUUGUCUUUUUCAUUUUUCCAAAGAAGCGCAGGGCAAUUAACCACGACGUUUUCCUUCCAGAUAUUUUUCAUGUCCCAGGCAUGUUAAACUUCUCGAAUCCCGCGGGUAAACCCGCGCAGGAUGAUGACCCGCUUCUCGUUCACAAGUUCAUUUCCCAGCCACUCUUUGGGGGUGGGCAAGUCAUUUUGAGGCCUGGAGCCGAGAAAGGGAGACAGUUUGUUCGCAACGAUACAAUGGUGAGUUUUGUGUCAUUCAUCGUGAGCCGCAAAAUGUACUGGUAAUUUUAGACGACUGUUUGUCACUCCUUUUUGCAAAACAAAUUUGAAUAAGCCGGUAGAUAUUCUCAUUUUAAGCAAUUCGACGUAGGGGUCUUGCGAUAUGCAAUCGUUGGCAUGAGACUUCGCUGAAAAGUGAGUCCCCGUACUUUUUCGUGGUUAUUUCAACUCAACAUCGUAGCUAAAAUUUGGUAAAUUUGGAGAGGGGUCAGUGCGAAGGGUUUUUAAAUUGUAAUUAAACUACUGUAUUCUGUUUUCUUGUAAUGGUAGAGCCUUAGAGCAUUUUCAAUUCAUUGUCAUAAAAACAAACAAGGUAUCUACUUUAGCCAGGGGCAAACACAGACAAUCAAAAGAACCAUUCAAAGGUCGAUGAAAUUAAAUGCAGCCCACCAAAAGCGCGGGAAAACGCAUGUGACCAAGUAGUAAUUGAUUUUAUUUCUUCUUUCUGAUUGGCUAAAAACUGGCGCGAAAUUUUUUGCCAGUUAUUUACAUAAGAAAGGGUAUUAAAACGAAAGCAACUUUGACAUUCAAGACUACAUCGAGACAAGAGCCUCGAGUAAUUUCCGAUUAAGAAUUCUGACUUGUAGUUUGCUUUAACUUUUUGAAGGUGUUUUACGUCAUAAAAGGCCGCAUUAUGGUCACUGUUCACCAGUCCUCUGUCGUUCUUGGCACUGGAUCGACGUUUUUUGUUCCUCAAGGUGAGUUUUAUUACUUUUUUGUAUUUUGUACCUUCUAUGGCCUUACCAUACACUGGGUACAAAAAGUUUUUUUUUCUCAAGUGCGACGUUUGCGGUGAGAUUCUGCUCGGCCUCAAAGCCGACACAUCUUCGGCCAGAGCCAAGGCCACGGGUUGCGAAGCCACGAGAAAAUGAUGACCUCUUUUUUGAGGGAAUAAACCCGAUUUUUGCGCGUGUUUUUCACUUAAUAAGACUUGGCUGAAAGCGGAAACCGCGCAAGAAAAGCCUCUGGCACCUAGGGUAAUCCUACCAACACUGCUAUGUAUGUUUUAUCCCAAGAACGUGUGGCCCUCUCGUCAAAGUCCGUGUUUAAUUUUUUGUGCCGAAGCCAGAUUUUAAAGGGAACCUCCACUUCAACAAAAAGAUAACUUUAAAUCACAGGAAAUAACUGUUACAGUCAAGUCAAUCUAAAAUAUUUUUAAAGAAAGCGUUUGUAUCCGAAAGAAAUAACUUUUAGAUUCGCCUAUUUUUGUUUUCAAAUUUUGCGGGCGUCGCCAUCUUGAAUAAUUGUGACGUGUAAUGGUUGCCCUAUUGUUAUUAAACAAAAGCUCUUUGUGUCAGAACAAUACAGCAACCGUUACACGUCACAAUUAUUCAAGAUGGCGGCGCCCGCGAAAUUUGAAAGUGAAAAUAAGCGAUUUUAAAAUUCACUUUUUAUAAACACUUUUUUUAAGACAAAUUUCGAACAAAUUUGUUUAUCAACAUAAUUUUAUUCGAUUUAAACUUAUUCUGUAGUGAGAGUGGAGGUUCCCUUUAAAGUGAAAAUCUUACUUACAAACCAGCUUAACUGUUUUAUUAACUGAGAGGUUCGUUACAUCCGUUUGAAGACAAUUAAAAUUUUCAUCUUCAAUGUAAACAUUGCAGAUUUCAAACACCUUUUCAUGGGUUCGUGGGCUCGGAAAAAAGGUCCGACAGAGAAACUGGCCCACGUGGGUUAGCAAACCGUGGACUGUCGUUUUGGCCUCAUCAGGUCUUGCAUAUACAGCAUAGGAAACCACCGGACUUGGGAUUUUCCCAAGCGUUUACUUUUCGCUACGCUUUUGGACGCACAACACCUUGCCAUUUGUUUCCUUGAACAUUUAUCUCUUUCGACGAAUUUCCUCCCCUUUGCUUGUGUGUUCGUGGGUCAAAAGUUACAUAUAUACGCAGAAAGAGGAAUCGUAAAGAUUUUUUUCAAUAUGCGGCGACCAUUCUUAGGUAUCUUCUCUUUUGUUUUUCAGGGAAUUCGUAUAACAUCAAAAAUCUAAGGCAAACGGAAGCCAAGCUUACGUUUGUUCAAAUCAAGGGAUGAAGAUAAAGUCUUACAUGUGUCUUAAUUUGCAAGGAAUAAUUUUCCUUAAGAAAACGGUCAUCCAAACACAGGUUUUGUCAAGCCUUGCAUGUAACUGGGUAUACUGGUCAGAUACUGGUCUGUAGCUGUUAUAAGUUCUAUUGAAACAGAAUCAUCAAGUCACUGCCAACACUACAUUCCUUCCAAUACUUUUCCUGGUCUUAACUUUUUCUAGCGUUAAAUUGUAAGUAAACCAAAUAAGCUUGAAGGUUUGGUUUUUGAAGUAUAAAUUUUUUUAGCUUCCUGGCUGUUAAGAAAAGAGGCAUACUUUUCGUAUACAGCUUGAUUAAAUUAAAAAUGCUGGAAAUUUUUCCAUACAAUCUUCAGACGGACACCUCACUAGGACAGCCCAUGCAAACCUUGGAAUUAGUCCGCGUAGCUGGCGUUUGUUUUUUCUAGGUGUGUGUUUUGUUUGUGUUUCGUGAAGUAAGAGAUACAGCCGCGCGAAAUCUGAGCCGAGUUCAAACGGGAAAACGAA